CAACAACAGCCUGUUUGUCAUGUGAAUCAUGUCAGAGUGUGUGGAGUGAGUCUCCAGCGCGCGUCCUCUCCCCGUCUCUCAGCCGCAGACAUGGCUCUGUCUCUGGGGUGGCUCUCGGCUCUAAUCGCGGGUCUUUUCUCCGCUCAUGUUCUGCAGAAACUCUGCUUCCCAAACUUUUGGACGGACCUCUUCUUUCUGCUGAAGGUGGUCAGGUACGGAAUGAAGCUGGAGCUCUUCAAGCUCAGAACCAGCGUGUGUACGGUCCUGGACAGGUUCAUCCAGCAGGCGCAGCGGAUCCCCAACAAGCCGUUUGUGAUCUACGAUGGACGGAUCCACACCUACUGGGACAUCGAGGAGCGCAGCAACAGGCUGGCCAACGUUUUCCUCCACACGGUCAACCUGAGGAGAGGAGACUGCGUUGCCUUGUUGAUGAGCAACGAGCCCGACUUCUUGUGCGUUUGGUUCGGGUUGGCGAAGGUCGGAUGCUCGGUGGCUUUCCUCAACACCAACAUCAAGCACAAAUCCUUGCUACACUGCUUCAACUGCUGCGGGGCCAAAACUCUGAUCACUGGCUCAGAUUUAGUGGAAUCUCUGGACGGCAUCCUAAGCAGCCUGCUGGAGGACAACAUUCAGGUGUGGGCCAUGAAGAGCCAGAGUGAGCACAGACACGUGCACACCCUGUUGGAUAAGAUUGAUGCUGCCUCUGACCAGCCUGUACCAACCAGGUUACGUGUCUGCACCUCUCUCAAAUCCCCCACCCUCUACAUCUUCACCUCUGGGACAACCGGGCUUCCUAAGGCUGCCGUCAUCACUCACCUCCAGAGCUUGAAGGCAGCAGCUGGAUUUUGGGCGUUUGGGGCGACUAAAGAUGAUGUCAUGUACAUCCCUCUGCCUCUCUACCACAGUGCAGCUUCACUGAUUGGUAUAGGAGGAACCAUCGAGCUGGGUGCCACCUGUGUCUUAAAGAAGAAGUUCUCAGCCUCCCAGUUCUGGAAUGACUGCAGAAAACAUGACGUGACUAUUUUCCAGUAUAUUGGAGAGCUCUGCAGAUAUCUCUGCAACCAGCCAAAGACGGAGGUGGAUAAAGUCCAUAAGGUACGGAUGGGUGUUGGGAACGGGCUGCGGCAGGACGUCUGGCGGGACUUCCAGAAUCGCUUUGGAAACAUUAAAAUGUGCGAGGUGUAUGGCUCCACUGAGGGAAACCUUUGUUUCAUGAAUCACCUCGGCAAGAUCGGGACUGUGGGCCGCUCCAACUUCAUCUACAGGCUCCUGUUCAAGUAUGAUCUGGUGAAGUAUGACAUGAUGAGAGAUGAACCGGUGAAAGAUCAGUAUGGUUUCUGUAAGCGAGUGAAAAAAGGUGAGACGGGCCUUUUACUGUCCAAAGUGAGCGCCAUCAGCCCGUUCUUUGGUUAUGCUGGAAGCAAACAGCUGACUGAGAAGAAGCUGAUGAGGAAUGUGUUUGUGAAGGGAGACGCCUACUUUAAUACAGGCGACCUGAUGGCUGAAGACCAGGAAGGCUUCAUCUGUUUCAGAGACAGACUGGGAGACACCUUCAGGUGGAAGGGUGAAAACGUAGCAACCACAGAGGUAACAGAGACUCUCGGGCUGGUGGAUUUUAUCCAAGAGGUCAAUGUAUAUGGAGUGGAAAUACCAGGGCACGAGGGCAGAGCAGGGAUGGCUGCCAUGAUCGUAAGACCAGGCCUCACGUUCGAUGGGAGGAAACUGUUUGAGCAUGUGAUGAGGGACCUGCCAGCGUAUGCUCGUCCACUGUUCAUAAGACUCCAGGAGGUCAUGGAAAUGACGAGUACCCUCAAGCAGCAGAAGUUCCAGCUGGUGCAGAGCGGCUUCAGCCCCUCAACAAUCUCUGACCCUCUCUAUGUGUUGGACUACCAGCAGGAGAUGUACAUUCCUCUGACAGAUAGCAUCUACCAGAGCAUCCUCACAGGAGAACGGAAGCUAUAGAACUCACAAGUAUGGGUGUUAUGACAUGAAGAAUAGUUUGGUUAUGUUAUGUUUUGUUAUGUUAGUCUACAGACAAGUGACAAAUGAAAGAAAAAAUCUGGUGGAGAAGCAUCAUGAAUUCAGAUGCCAUCCACUAAAUGGUUUGAUGAGAAUGAAAAUGACGUGAAUGAGAGAUGAUGCUAUGACCUUCAUCACACCUUGAGUGUUAGACUGCACUCACCAGCAUCAUUAAAACACCAAAUGAAGGAAUACAUUUAUAUUUGGUCUAAGACUGCAGACCGGCUCAUAAGGGAUCAAUGUCUCUGCUAAGUUGCCUGGAGCCAGACGUGCUUUAAAGGUGAUCAGUAAAAUCAAUACUAAAACAAACAGGGAGUCAGUGGAGAGAAGCAGGACUGGGAAGAUGUGAUGCCAUCUGUUAAAACCAGUAAGAAGCUGAGCUGCUGUGUUAUGAAGCAGUUGGAGGUGAGAGAGUGACUUGAUGGACUGAUGUUCAGAAACUUACAAAGAAACACUGAAGCUGUUCUGGUGGACUGUGGUGGCUCCGAUGGCUCAGCAUUUGAAGAUAUUUCAUGUUGUUUUAUUCUUUCACCUGUCACCCGUCUGUUGAUGACUGAUUCACUGAGGUGUAAAAGAAAAGCCAUUGUCUAGUUAGUUAAUAAUGAAGAGUUCACUGUAUAAAUGUGAACACUAUUUUUUGUGUUAAAACAACGUGUCAGAUAGAUUAUAUGAACCCAAACAUAAAAAAA